UGCCGGGCCCUCGCCGGGGCCACGUCCCUGGCGCAGCUCAACCUUAACCUGGGCGUCGUGUCCAGCCCCAGCCGCAUCAAGCAGCUGGCGGAGGCGCUGCGGACCAACCGCUCCAUCCAGUCGCUCUUCCUGCAUGGGAGCCCCCUGAGAGAUGCGGGGUUGGCCUUGCUGAACCCAGCCCUGGCCCUCCAUCCUGCCCUUGUGGCUCUGGACCUGGGGGACUGCAUGCUGGGUGAUGAAGCCAUCAACCUCAUCUGUGGCCUCCUCCCCCCAGACGGGGCCAAGUCUGGUCUGAAGGAGUUAACGCUGAGUGCCAACCCUGGCAUCACUCCUAAGGGCUGGAGCCGCCUUGCCAUUGCUGUGGCCCACAGCUCCCAGGUCCGCGUCCUCAAUUUGGACUACAACCCCCUGGGUGAUCAUGUGGCAGGGAUGCUGGCUGUGGCUGUGGCCUCCAGUCGCACCUUAGAGGUCCUAGACUUGGAGAGCACAGGGCUCACCAACCAGUCUGCUCAGACCCUGCUGGACAUGGUGGAGAAUUACCCCACAGCUUUGCGAAGCCUGGUGUUGGCUGAGAACAGCAUUAGCCCAGAGCUGCAGCAGCAGAUCUGUGACCUCCUUUCUGAGGGAGAAGAGGAGGAGGAGGUGGCAGGAGGGCCUGGUCACACCCAGGAAGGAGAGAGGGGGCGGGAGCCUGCCGCCCACCCGAGGGGAAGCAGUUCCUGGAUGUGCCCCAGUGAUCCCAGCUCUCAGAUGGUGCUAAUGACGUCAGGACUAGGGGACAGUCUGUUGGCUGAGACCGAGAUGUGACUCUCCACUUGGGCUUCCACACAUUAUUACAUUCGCCUCUGUCCCCAGCACCUUGCCCCAGAUACCAGGGUCAGGCCCUGGGGCUUGGGAGGGAGGGGGUUGCCUGGGGCUCUGGCAGCUCCUGGCAGUGUGAGGGGAGGCUCUGGAAGCUGUGAAUGAGCACCAGCCUUGGGGGCACUCGAACGCAAGGCAAUGGCUCUGGACUUGUUGGCAGCUCUGGCUGCAGCCCGCUGGCUCGGAAGAGAUUUUUAUGAACUCUACAA